UCCGAUGACUCCAAAAUCUGUGUGGUCAUGGUUGGUCUCCCAGCCAGAGGCAAGAGUCUCAUAGCUGGAAAGGCCAUGCGAUAUCUUGCCUGGGUUGGGAUUCCCGCUCGGGUCUUCAACGUCGGCACCUACCGUCGUCAAGGCACGCCGCAGCCCAACGCCACCUUCUUUGACCCGCAUAAUUCCGAGGGCGAAAAGAUGAGACGUGCGGCCGCGGAGGCUGCAGUUUCCGAUAUGCUCCAGUGGUUCAGAGAUGGGAAAGGCGUGGUGGCCAUUCUCGAUGCAACGAAUUCCACAAAGGAGCGCCGGCGUUGGAUCCACGAGCGCUGCAAUGAAGAAGGUGUUGAAACAUUAUACGUGGAAUCAAUAUGCGACGAUGAAGAUUUGAUCAUGAACAACAUUUUGGAAGUCAAGACGACGUCGCCGGACUACAAGGGACAGGAUCCGGAAGUUGCUGCCCUCGAUUUUCGCAACCGCAUUCGCAAUUACGAGAAGGCCUACGAGACAAUUGACGAUAAUGAGAAGAACUUCACCUACGUAAAACUCAUCAAUGUCGGCUCAACAGUCAUUAUUAAUCAGAUCAAAGAUUAUCUUUCUAGUCGAUUGGUCUAUUACAUUCAGAACCUCCACAUCAAACCUCGUUCAAUCUGGCUAUCACGGCAUGGCGAGUCAGAAUAUAACUUGACCGGUAAAAUUGGCGGCGACUCCAACAUCUCAGAGCGUGGCGAGGCAUAUGCCCGGGCUCUGCCUGGUCUAUUAAAGAAGUCCGGGGUGCCGCCCAACACCAAGAUUGUUAUCUGGACAUCGACGCUGAAACGCACGAUUCAAACGGCUCGCCAUCUCGCUGCUGAGACGGGCUUUGAGAAGCUGGAAUGGAAGGCGCUGGACGAGCUCGACUCCGGGGUUUGUGAUGGACUGACGUACGAGCAGAUCGCGGAAAAAUACCCAGAGGACUUUGCCGCGCGUGAUGAGGACAAGUACAACUACCGUUACCGUGGCGGAGAGUCUUACCGUGAUGUGGUCAUCCGGCUAGAGCCGAUUAUCAUGGAACUAGAACGCAGUGAAAAUGUGAUCAUUGUCACGCACCAGGCCGUCCUUCGCUGCAUCUACGCAUACUUCCUCAACACGCCGCAGGAGCAGAGCCCAUGGAUGGAGGUGCCACUUCACACGCUGAUCAAGCUCACGCCGCGGGCAUACGGCACAGACGAGCAACGCUUCAAGGCGGAUAUCCCGGCUGUCUCGACUUGGCGUGCUAAGGGCACGUCGGCGAAGCACCAGGAAUACCCAACAGAAACCAAGGCAUGAUCCGAGAUAGUGAGGUCUAUUCCUCCAAUACAAGUCCGUCUGCACCUAUCGUUAUGUAUUGGUUUUGCUUCUUUUCUCCGGUUUUGACCUUGACAUUGUACAUGCGCGUUCCCCCGUCUUUGAUAUUUAAAAGUCGGAUUCGUCUUCGAUUGUGGUCCAUGGGCUGGGUUUGAUUGAUCGGAUGGUUGGACAUUAGAUUCUUGCAUGGGUUCGGAGCUUAUAUGCCAGUGGAUGGCGACACAUCAGUAGCGGUGUGCAGGGGGUACAUCGUUCACUUAUAUAGCUUAGCAUAAUAGACUAGAUUCUAUUCUUACAAUACAUACUCACUCUUGAC